AUGCUGAAAGGAUUUUGCAAAGGCGCAGAACGGGAUGAAACUGGAACAUUGGGUGAUACAUGCAUCUUGUCGCAGGUCAAGUUACAGUGCAAGGGUCAACGUUUAAUGCAACCUCGUGGCUGCAACGUUCAUGUGAGUCUUUCGUGGACGCUCACUCGCUUGCAACAUUUCUGCAACGAAUAUUGGCCAUCGAAAACCGGCUCGAAGAAGAUCUUCAAAUCUUAUUAG